ACAGAACAGUAAAUCCUAAAUCCUAGGUCGUCACCACCGAUCUUAUGCUUCCAUCUCUGAGGCUGCCGCCAGCCACCGGCCAGCGUCGUUCGCUUUGUAGCAGUCCAGCUCUGCGCCCGGCGCCGCAGCCCCGCAUCGCGCACAGGCACAACUUCUACGGUCCUGCCGCUGAUCGCCGCACGUGGCCGCGCCGCCGCCUCCCUCACCCGAGCUCGACCGCGCUUCUCCAGCUCGCCGCCUCGACGGUCGCUGCCUCGACACCUCCCCCGCGUGGGCAUCAGCCGGGAGCAGAGAGCCCUGGUCCCUGGAGGCGCGUCGCGUUACGGCGGGGGCGCGGCCUCCCCAGCCCCCCUUGGUGAUCGGUCCUCCCCCGGCAGACUCGCCUCCUCGGUCUUGCGCUCCUGCGCGGCUGCGCGCCCAGCGCCGUGCCCGGUGGCGGCGGCGACCGGCGACGGUCAGCCCCCGACAGUCAGGACUUCCGACUCCGGACCUCCCCCUCAGCCCCCUCUGUCCGUUCCAGUCCCAGCUCGAGCUUGAAGGUUGAAACAACAAGCAAGAUAUUUUGAAAUAGCCCCCGCCACGAAAUUCUUCAGCCAUCGUGGAGGGGUUCAGUUCAGGGGAGGACUCGACUCAGGAAACAGGAGCACGAGCGGAGCAGAAGGCAGUCAUGGCGGAUGAGGUGGAGCUUGCUGCGGACCAGCACGUCCGCUACAUCGUCACGGUGGAGAAGGUAAAGAGCGAGACCACCCUGCCCUUCCCGCCCCGCGUUCCCUUGACACCUCUCCAGCUUCCAACACCCCCUCUUGUGCCGGCGCAGAAGAAGGACUCCUUUGAGUCGCUGGUGAUGGAGCACAUCCGCCUCAACGGCGCCUACUGGGGCCUCACCACGCUCGACCUCCUCCACAAGCUCCAUGCCGUAGAUGCCGCCGAGGUCGUCGACUGGAUCAUGUCCUGCUACCACCCCGAAUCUGGUGGAUUUGGAGGGAACGUUGGGCAUGACCCGCAUGUCCUCUACACGCUUAGCGCCGUGCAGGUCCUCUGCCUUUUCGAUCGGCUCGAUGUCCUUGACGUCGACAAGGUUGCUGAUUAUGUCGCCGGACUGCAAAACAAGGAUGGAUCAUUUUCUGGCGAUAUUUGGGGUGAAGUUGACACUAGGUUCUCGUAUAUUGCCUUAUGUACCUUAUCAUUACUGCACCGUCUGCAUAAGAUUGAUGUGCAAAAAGCUGUGGAUUUCGUUGUUAGCUGUAAGAACUUGGAUGGCGGAUUUGGAGCUAUGCCAGGAGGGGAGUCUCAUGCUGGACAAAUAUUUUGUUGUGUCGGCGCGCUCGCAAUCACCGGGUCCCUGCAUCACAUUGAUAGAGACCUCCUCGGAUGGUGGCUCUGUGAGCGCCAGUGUAAAGACGGAGGACUUAAUGGGCGGCCUGAGAAACUAGCUGAUGUUUGCUACUCGUGGUGGGUGCUAUCGAGCCUAGUCAUGAUUGACAGAGUGCAUUGGAUUGACAAGGAAAAGCUAACGAAAUUCAUACUGAACUGUCAGGACAAAGAGAACGGCGGCAUUUCAGAUAGACCAGAUAAUGCAGUCGAUAUCUAUCACACGUACUUUGGAAUUGCAGGGCUUUCAUUAAUGGAGUACCCCGGGGUGAAGCCUUUGGAUCCUGCCUAUGCACUACCAUUGCACGUUGUCAAUCGGAUUUUCUUGAAAAAAUAGAACAUUCCAUUCGAUCUGCGGCGCAGAGAUAUGCUGAGAUGGCGCUGUCAGAUGUGGACGCUACUUCACAGAACCACGAUUCGACGGAGAAAUAGCUGAGGGGGAAUCAAUUACAGGAACAUGUUGGGAUACCAUAAUCUUGGACUUGUAUUCUCGCAUUGGCUGUGGCCGCUUAGUCGAUGUUUUUUUGUCAUUUGGCACUUGCCCUGUUGAAUGCUUGGUGCAUGCUGUGUUUUGCUAGUUGAUCUGAUUCUCUUGUUUAAGUCGUAACAUUGUGUGUCCUGAUGACGACGACAUUAGUCAGGAGCUAUCUAUAAACAGUAUGUCUUUUUUGUUUGCUUUUUUUACAAAUGAUAAACAAACUUAGCCA